AUGAUUCGCCGGGUAUUGUUGGAAUGGCCAACCGACGCAACGAAUGCGCAGCCGCCGGAAGAGCUGUUAAUAACAUUUCCUAGCAGGCUUGUGAAGAAGACACGGGAAGUCGGCGAUGAGUUGUACACAUUGAAGGACCGAUUGCCCCUGACAUAUAAACGACGAGGUGUGACGGAUGAAUCGGUGACGGUUUCAGGUGGUGGGAAAAAGCGCGGCAUUACUCCCGCGUCGCCGUUGCCUCUGGCGGGUAAGUUGCGAGCAGAGCCAGUUUGUGCAGCGAAUGCGAUGGAAAUCUUGCGCCCGGAGCGGAAGGAGCUACCUUUGGACGAGCAGUUGGAGGAGAUGUUGUUGCGAGCGGCGGACGACGACCGGUUUGACGAGUCGAUGUUGGCGCAGAUGACGAGUCAGUUGAAAAUCAAGGCGUGUCGAGAGGACACGUUGGUGGUGAGUGCUGCGCCGGACGACGUGCCUGCGUCAGACAGGUUACGGAACAAGCGCACCUUGGACGGUCGAGACCCGUUGGAGCGCAAGCAGUGUGUUUGGUGGGAGUACGAUUUGACUACGGAAAUUGCUGAAAGGAUCGAUAAUGAAUGGUUCAGGAAAAUAAGGAAGUUGGCGGCGAGUGCUGCUGGCGGUCAACGAGUGGUCUUGGACGCUCCGGCAAUCCCGUGGUGGCGGGCGUUGCCAGGCUUGAUGUUGGUCGUGCCUUCGAAACGCGGCGUGCGGAUUGCUGCACACGAAGGCAUCGCGCCCGACCUAGGCGAUGACGUGUACUACGACGAGUAUAAGGACGCCUUUAACGAAGAGUACUCCGAUGCUGACUCCAUCGACUACGCCGAACGCGAUGCCGAGGAGGACCUGCUCCCCGCCAGCAAUGAAGACUCUGAGUACGACGGCGGCGGCUGGUUGGACUCCGACAAUGAGGAUCCGCACCCCGGUUUCGACAUAGAUCUUUGA